UUAUGAACUUCCUUUGUCCUUUCCAGGAUCCGUGCCAAACAGUUAUAAUUGCUCAAAAUGGAAAUUGAAGUGGGGAAUGCCGCAUCACCCCCGGAAACAUGUGGUGAAAACGCAAAAUCCUUCUUUUCGUUCCACUGGAAGGGCUUAGUCGUAUUCCUAACACCACUCCUUGCCCUUCCCGUUAUGCUGAUAGACAACACUCCUGCAUAUCGCUGCAUGUAUUUGCUCUUGGUCAUGGCGGUCUAUUGGGUUACUGAAGCAUUACCGCUUUACGUCACUUCCAUGAUACCAAUAGUGGCGUUUCCGAUUAUGGGAAUAAUGAGUUCCGAUCAGACGUGUAGGCUAUAUUUUAAGGAUACUCUGGUAAUGUUCAUGGGUGGUAUUAUGGUGGCUCUCGCUGUUGAGUACUCUAAUUUACAUAAACGAUUGGCAUUGCGGGUUAUUCAAAUGGUUGGAUGCAGUCCUCGAAGGUUACAUUUUGGCCUUAUUGCGGUAACAAUGUUUAUAUCCAUGUGGAUUUCGAAUGCCGCUUGCACCGCAAUGAUGUGUCCGAUUAUUCAGGCUGUUUUGGAGGAGCUUCAAGCGCAAGGACUAUGCAAAAUGACCCAGGAGCCCAAAUAUCAAAUAGUCGGAAAGAAGAACAAUGCGGCCGAGGAAGAACCGCCAUAUCCAUCAAAGAUGACUUUGUGCUAUUUCCUGGGCAUUGCUUAUGCUUCCUCCAUGGGCGGUUGUGGUACAAUAAUAGGCACAGCGACUAAUUUAACCUUCAAAGGCAUCUAUGAUGGUCGUUUUCCACAAUCUACAGAACAAAUGGAUUUCCCCACUUUCAUGUUUUACUCUGUACCUUCAAUGUUGGUAUAUACGGGGCUUACAUUUAUUUGGUUGCAAUGGCAUUUCAUGGGUUUGUUCCGACCAAAGAGCAAAGAAGCAGAAGAAGUAAGGCUAGGUCAAAACGGGGCUGAAGUUGCUAAAAAGGUAAUUGAUCAACGCUACAAGGAAUUGGGACCAAUGAAAGCCCACGAAAUACAAGUUAUGAUACUUUUCAUAUUCAUGGUUAUGAUGUACUUCACUCGUAAACCUGGCAUUUUCCCUGGCUGGGCGGACUGGCUCAACGCAAAAGAUAUUCGUAAUUCUAUGCCCACUAUAUUUGUAGUUGUCAUGUGUUUUGUUCUGCCAGCAAAUUACGCAUUCUUGCGCUACUGUCUAUGCAAACGUCCCCUAACUACUGGUCCUACACCAUCUUUGGUGACUUGGAAAUUCAUCCAGUCAAAAGUACCAUGGGGUCUCGUCUUCCUGCUUGGUGGAGGCUUUGCACUGGCCGAGGGUAGCAAAGUAAGUGGCAUGGCUUCAUUGAUUGGAAAUGCUUUGGUUGUGUUAAAGAAUUUGCCACACCCCGUUUUACUAUUGGUAGUGAUUCUUGUCGCCGUAUUCUUAACGGCAUUCAGCUCUAACGUAGCCAUUGCGAACAUAAUUAUUCCUGUUUUGGCUGAAAUGUCGGUAGCUAUACAAGUUCAUCCACUAUACUUAAUUUUGCCAGCGGGACUUGCAUGCAGCAUGGCAUUCCAUCUGCCAGUGAGUACACCGCCCAAUGCCUUGGUGGCUGGUUAUGCCAAUAUAAGAUCAAAAGAUAUGGCUGUUGCUGGAAUUGGACCCACUGUCAUAAGUAUAGCCGUAUUGUAUAUUUUCAGUCUCACAUGGGGCGCAAUUGUGUAUCCAAACUUGAACUCAUUCCCAGACUGGGCGGCGGCCGCGGCCCUUAAUGCAACAACACAUUAACAGUUUUCACUGCCAAUUUGUUGAUAACGUACAGAAUUUCUGGUACAUGAUGUAUAAAAUCUACCAAUAUUUAGUUAGGUAAGCAAGAAAUGUCGAAUUUCGAAGCCGAUAAGAAGUAAAAAAAGUGAAAAUCUCUCAAGUGGGCCAUCCAAAA